GAAACACGCGUCACCUUUCGCAGAACCGUGCGGUGUUUUCCGGUGGAAAACGUCGCUUUUUGUGACAUCAGCUCUAAAUAAUUUAAGUGUUGGGUACACGUGACGAAGACUUAUAUGAAGAGCCAAUAAACCUUUAAAGGAGAAAAUAAAGAGCAAAACUGGGCUUAAUGUUAAAACUACCGAAUAAAACCGCUCUCACGUUUGUCGCAGUUACACUUAAGUUGUUUUGAUACCUCCCAGUUGCCGUAUACGAGCUUCGCGCAUGCGUCGUUUUGUGUCUUUUGGAACGGCAAUGGCGUCCUCCAUAGCAGUGUGCGGGUUACAUAUGACCGGUGGAAGGAGCAUUAUAAACUCCACAAAGUGGGUCAAAACACUCUUCAGGAGAGAUGUCGGAACAAAUGCUGCGGCUGCUCAGGGUGAAGCACUUCGAAAAGAAGAAACUGGUUUGUAUCCGUCAAAACGACCUAGUUAACCUAUUAGCUAGCUCUGCUACUGUUUGACCCAAGCACCGAACUUCAUUCUGAAAACAUUUAAUUUCAGUUUUUCUCAGUGUUGGUGAAAGUCUGCUCACCGCUUACAAUUACGAAUGGAAAUACUAGAUAUCACAAAAAAUUCGCUGUCACUCGGCUGUAUUUGAUCGGUUUGUUAAAUAAAUACGAACGUAGAUAUUUUUAAGUAAAUAAAACAGGUCAAGAGUAAAGAAGUUAUAUCUUUUAGAGUCAACAAAUCAGAUAUUUUAGGUUGUAAGUAAUUUAGGUUGUGAUGUUUACUUCAUCAAGCAGUUCGUUGUAUUUGGUUGUUCACAUUUCUGUCAUAGUCUUUUUGUCUGUGAAUUAAGCAGUUUCUUACAGGAAUGUGUGGACUUUACCCAAGAGAGUAAAUAAAUCAUUAAUACAUAAUUGAAUAUAUAAAUUUAUCAGAAUCAAAGGGAUGAUUAUGUCAGGAAAUUCUAUGCGUGGGGGAAAUGGUGUAAGUUAGAGAGAAUGUUAUAUAUGGUCCUCACAGUUGAACAGGAGCCUUCUUACCGGUCAGGUAAAUAGUACGACCAUCUGAUAAAUGCAGGAUCAGCUCAACUGAUCCUGCAGAAACAGACACAGGCUGCAGAGCAGAAAAGUAGUUCACAUCAUAGGUUCAGUUCACACACUGAAGGGAAAUCCAGGCUGGAAAAUAAUGAACUUGUUCACGUUCUUGAAAUAAAGAAGCUUUUUUUUCUAACUCUAACUUUUUUCUAACUUUCUAACUUUUUUCUAACUUUUUUUUACAACCAGUUUUAAAUUGUUAAUAUCACUUUUGAUAUAUUGACUAAGACACAUUUACAGGUCAGUGGCUCAUCGGUUUAAAAUUUAGUUAAGAAAGUUCAGUUCAGUUAAGUAAUGUUUAAUAAUAUUUGGUAGUGAGGCUGUAAUUUGGUGCAGAGUAAUGUUUACAAAAUAACUAAAAAUAACGCACAAAAAUUUACCAAACAAAAGCAUUCUGACCUUAACCUACACAGGUAAACACCUUAAAUGAAAAGUUGCAAAGUAAUUGUGCUUUUAUAAUUUGAAUAUUCAGAAACUUUUCUACUCUUUGCAGUAUUACCUCUGUUAUUUCAAGAUAACACCCAUCAUCUUAACAGAAACAAAUGUAUUAAACAUCAUGUCUAAUUUGUCUUAAUUUUGUCAGAUGUACAGGAUGGACCCCAGUCUUUGUAUGCUGUCCUGGCAGAGAGACAGGAACAGGCGGAACGAUCUGUUCUCAUCAGCUGCCUCUCCAAAACCAGCGAGAAAAAGUUUCUGAAGUAUUUAUCAAAACAUGGAGAAAUCAACAAACACUUCUUCUAUGAGAGUUAUGUGAGUAAAGAUGUGCAGUUAGCCUGACGUGCAGCCAGUUUGAAAGUGCAAACUGUCAUAAGAUAGUGAGAGUUGUGUUUAAUUCCUUAGGGCAUGUACGCUGUCGUUGAGUUUGCCAGCAGAGAAAGUGUCUCUGCAUUGAUGGAAGAUGCGUCUUUCCCCAGCGUCAGCCAUGAAUCUGUGGUGCCAUUUAAAUCCAGACUGCUGUCGCUGAGGGGCGCCAGCUCAGCGGACUCACCACACGGGAGCCAGUUGAUCCAAUCACAAACCAGUAUGCCCAUUAAUGAGCUGAUACGGAGGCUGUCCAGAGAGGACAGUGUGAGUGUUUUUCUGUGGGUUUAGAUUAUCUGACUUUAUUUCAUCCUGAAAGACAAAUCCAUCCUAGCAGUUGUCCUAAUGUCUGAAUCCGAUAUUUUACUCACUGACUGAGCUUACCUGUGUCCUGUUUCCCCUCAGGUAGACCAGCAGGUAAUUUCCCUGACUGAAGCUUAUCAGCUCACAGACGAGAACAUCAGACUGCGUUUCCUUGUGUGCUCCCUGCUCAAAGAUAUCACCACUGCCUAUUUCCCAGAAUGCACCAUCAAGCCUUUCGGCUCGUCAGUGAACGGCUUCGGGAAGCUUGGCUGUGACCUUGACAUGUUUCUGGACCUUGACGCCAUCACCAAGGGAAAAAACAAAUUGGUAAUAAUGAGAUUAAUUGUUUAAGGAAUAGUUGUUAAAGUUCUUUUUUUGUUGUUGUUUUUAAGUUCAAAUGUAAAAAACUUUAAACAAAACAAAACAAAAAAAAAAAGAGUUUUCAUGAUUUCAACACAACUCCGGUCUGAAAAGCAGCAGGAGGAAGAAGACUCUUGAUCUGCCUAACCCUUACUCAGAACACAAAUGUACAAUAGAGAAAGAUGGUCCAUCCCAUUACAAGACACCCAAUAUUACAAUAAUAAAGACAGAAAAUAAAUAAACUACGAUAAUGAUAAUAAUAAGAAGUUAAUUCAGUAUAUGACAAUACUUCUACAUUGCUUAAAGAGGAAUAUCUCACUACUGCCAAUGUCAUAAUGUCUGACUAUCCUUUCUUUAUACAUUUUCUUAAAUUUGGAUAUAUUCAUACACUCCUCAUUUCUGAACUAAAAAUAAACAAUUUUUGCAAAUUUUCUGGAAAUACUCUUAAUACUUUGUUUUUAACCUUAAACAUAAACUGAUCCUGUUAUAACAAUUAUUGCUUUCAUUAACAGUCUGCUGGUGUGCUCUCGGAAAUCUAUAUUAUGAAUUAUUCUCAUUCAUUUUUUUCUGUAGUCUUCAUAUUGCUGGUAUAAGGGUUGCCUCAAACUUCAAAACAAAAGGUCAGAUAUGGCAAAAUAAGUUUGCUUUAAUGAGAACUUUUUGUCUGCUGUUGUUUAUUAAGAGAGUGAACGAGUCACAAGAUGGUUUAUAGUCAGAAGAUUAAAAACUAAAUCAUAAUGAUGUGAAGUGUAUGACCAACUACAGUUUAGGAUCUGUAACUCCUCUAAAAUUUUGGUAUUGCAGCUGAAAUCUGGUCUAAGUGUGGAGUUCCAGAUGAAGGGGGCGAAUUCAGAGCGUGCAGUCACCCAGAGCGUCCUGUCUGUCAUCGGGGAGUGCGUGGACCAGUUUGGACCUGGCUGCGUGGGGGUGCAGAAAAUCCUCAAUGCAAGAUGUCCUCUGGUCCGCUUUGCUCACCAGCCCUCCGGUUUCCAGUGCGACCUCACAGCCAACAACAGGUAUUUACCAUAUGAUCACGCAACAACAGAGCAGGGGCCUCAUUUAUAAAGCUUGCUUACGCACAAAACCUGGCUAGAAAUUGCGUACGCCACUUCUUACGCAAGAGUUGGGAUUUAUAAAAGAAAAACUAGUGUAGGAAUGUGCGCAACUUUAAGCAAACUCCACACCUUGCUUACGCACUUUUUGGAGACAAUCGGAGCAAGGUGAGAACAGUCCGGGUGAUGCGUUCAGCACAACGGAUGACUCGAUGCAGCCUUUCUGUCCUGAGAGCUGCAGCUGCCGUACCAGGCAGUGAUGCUCGCAGAAAGCACAGACCCCACUGUGGCGGUGUAAAUAGUUUGCCAAUUUGAAUUUACAAAUGUGCAAAAAAAAACAGAUUCCAUUUACAUGCAUUUGUUUUAAGAUUAAUAUGACUAAAUCUUUUUGGUUUACGAACUUUCACCACAUAAGCAGCGGUGGAUAACGGAGCGUUUUUUUUGGUUUUUUUUUUUUACACAUGCACGAGUGUCACACGUGUAUGUUUUUUCCGAUUCUCUCCUGUCGCCGCCACGCUCCGACGGUGCAAAGCCACUUUUUUCUUUGCCUCCACCUUUAGAUCAGACCACUUCUUCUUGAUUUCGGCACAGUUUUGUUGCUCCACGUGUGCGCGCGCGCGUGCGUGUGUGUCUGUGUGUUGGAGGAGCACAGCAGGCUGAUGAGAGCUGUCAGAGCGGACAGAAGCUGCUCCUAUAUGUUAUAUGUUUAGAGUUUUGCAACUCUGUUCGUCAUUUUCGUCUCGUCCCAUCAACGUAAACGCACUUUCGUCUCGUCACAUUUUAGUCAUCUCCGACUUAUGUUUAGCUCGUCAACGUUACGUCUUCGUCGUGGAAGAAAAGGGAAAUAUUUCCGUCAACAAAAGCAACCAGUGUUGUUCUCGUUGAUGAAAAUAUUUCCUUUUGACGCUGGUGUUGACGAAAAUAUUUGACGAAAUAUGACGAAAACAACACUGUUUCGGCAACGCUGCGCUCAGUGCCAGCCGCAAUUGCCACCACGGCAACGGCGUUUUUAUUGGUGAUGCCACUCGAAUGGCCGCCGAAUAAGGUCUCCCGUCUCGCCGCCACCUCAUUUACAAGAACCUCCACCUCGAUCUCUGAAAAGUUUCUUUUUCUACGACUUGUUGAUGCCAUGGUUAAGCGUGAAAUGCCGUGCAUCCACCAGGCUUAUUUACAUGCAAAUCACAUUCAUGAGGUAAUUUGCAUGACCAUACAUGGUGAAUUUUGGGUGUGGAGAGGGCGGGGAAGAAUCAAAUCCCUGCUGAGCAACUUUCCAGCUGGUCUGUGAUUUAUAAAGGGAAAGUGCGUGCAGGUGUGCGUAGGCAGGGUUUUAUAAAUCAGAUUUUUUUUUUGCCUACGCACUUUUCAGCUUUUCAACUUACGUACACUUUUAGUAUGGAUCCUAUGCCAGGUUUUAUAAAUGAGGCCCCAGGUCAGUUUCAAAGGGUCAAACUCUCAAAUGUUGGUCAAAGCAGCUCAUUGACAUUUGGCCUCACAUAGACUCCGAGUUCUAUGUUGUUUUUGAGUGCUGUUUCACCACAAGGAUGUUACAAAACCCCCCAACAGAAACCCCACACCAACAGGAAGUGCUACAAUGAUGCCGCAGUGAAACUAACAAGGCACUCAUUUGUUUUGUUUUUUUCACUUCUGUCCUCUUAACCUCAGAGAUGUCCUGGUCUCUGCUCCAACAUGCACACACCUGCUAGUGUACAAAAAAAACCCAACAGAAACCUUCUAAUAAAGAAGUUGCACAAGAACAAGCAAUACUGCAGAAACCUGUAUAGAACUGCACAAAAACCCAGACAAACUGCAAAAAAAACCAGCACAAAAAACGCAGAAAAAAAACAACACCGACAUUUUCAAAGAAAUGCAGUUUCUUCAGUGUGGGCGGAUGUGAGGGGGACUUUUGAAUCGAGUUGGGAGAUCUAUGAAGCAUUUCCUUUCUCUGCUGUGCGUGUACGCAGGCACACAUGAGAAAAAAAAGAAACUUAUAGACUCUUCCUGUGACAGCUUGAACACUACCCUCUGCUGGUAGUAUUAUCGGCUCUCAGUUUCACUGACCUUUUUAAAAACCAGCACAGAGUUUGUCUUUGUAGGUCCUCAUUCAUCCAGGUCAUGGUUAUCCACUUCUCUCUUCCAAAAAGCUUCUUCAGUUUUAGGGUGGUCUUUAAGUUUUAUUCACUCUGCUUUAAAGCUUUGCAGGGGUUUGUUUCUUAUUAACAUUUUGAACACAUCAGAAAGGCUGAUAUUUUGCUGAAAUAUUAUUUAGCUUAAACUGACAGAUUUUCACCAACUGCAACCACCUCUUGUCUCUUAAAUACCUGCAGUGCUGUUUUCUCACAUUUAACUGGUUUAAAACCCCACCAUAUUCAACAGACGCUCAGUUAAACCCUCCAACAAUGCAGUCCAAGCUUUGAUGAGAAAUCCUUUUCAUUUCUACCAGCAUCACAUUUAUGUUAAUAUUAAUACUAAAAUUAUAAAAGGAUCACAUUUGUAACACUGACCAUCAAACUUAAGCCUUAAACCACAGGAUGAGUGUCUGUUAGGUUCUCCCUCUUGAGUAUGGAGUUCAUUAGAGCUUCACAGGUUGCCACUGGAAUCCUCUUUCACUUCUCCAUGACGACGUCACACAGCUGAGUGGAUGUUGGAGACUGUACGCUUAUAAUAAUCUUAUAAGCCUUAUAAUAAUCUAAUAUUAUAUGGUGUAAUAAUUUUUUCCAUGACUGUAUAUACCGUAUAUCAUCAUUUAUUAUUUUUAUGACUUACUCUGUCUGCACUCGUUGGAAGCGUACAAAAUAAAAAAGCUCAAUAAAGUCCUGUCAAGUCAUGCAGAGCAGCAGGAGAUCAGCUGUAAUACUGCUUGUUGUCCACAGGGUGGCGAUGAAGAGCACAGAGCUGCUGUACCUGUAUGGAGAGCUGGACCCAAGGGUUCGCUCCCUGGUGUUCACAGUGCGCUGUUGGGCCCGAGCUCAUGGUAUCACAAGCAGUAUCCCUGGAGCCUGGAUCACCAACUUUUCCCUGACAGUCAUGGUGCUGUUCUUCCUGCAGAGGAGGAGCCCGCCCAUCAUCCCCACGCUCAACCACCUGAGGGACCUUGCAGGUACAACCAGCCACACCUUUCAGUCCUUUUUAGCUCAUGGCCUUUUCCCCAGUUCAAGUGUUUCAAUGAACUUUCUUAAUUGUUUAGAGAUGAAGAGCUCCAGCAUGACAUUAUUACACAGACACAUGUGUACAGCACCUUUCAACACCACACAGCAUGCCCCCCAUUCACCUAAUUUUUAUUAUAUCUGUAUUUAGUGACAGUUUUAAACAUUGUGGCAUUAUCAGGACAUGAACCCAAAAAACAACUGAACAAAUAAAGCUGUAGGAUAAAAGAUUCAUCUUAUCUUAAACAGACAUCUCACCUGCACCACACAUUUAAUUUCCUCAGGUUUACACUGAAAGUCCACCCCAGAAAUGCGGUUAAAAAAGUGGACCAGUUUGGUCAAUGAAAUUUGUACCAUGAAAAGAUAAAACUGUAAACAUAUAACAAAGACUUCAGGGAGGUAAAUAAUUAAACAUUUACAUUUCAAAAUUCAGCAGUUUGUGACCACACCUUCAUUCUUCAUCACUCUCUCACAACUUUUUAAAUCUCAAAAUGACAUUUAGAAUUUUUUUUGCCAGAAUAUGGUGCAAAUUGAUAAUUCAAAACUCACAAGAGGAUCAGUUUUAGUUUAUUGGCAUAUCAAAACAAAGAAAAAGUGCCCUGUUUUUAAAGUAAUUUAUGCAACAAUAAACCAGCAGAUUUUAAUGCCGCCUCGGCUGUUAGCUGUAUAACAAUUCUCUUUUUCGCACCUGUCCUUGUUUAAUUUCUUACAUGUCUACACCAUAGAAAGGAAAUAAACACCCAGGAAAUAAUGAACCUGUAAAAAUUAUCAUCCCAGAAAUUAAAAAUUAAACCUGAUUAACAAAAUGAACCUUAAAAAAAGACCUGAAUGAUAAACUGAACCCUAAAUAAUUUACUCAACCCUGAAUGAUAAAAUAAACGCUGAAUCUUGAAUAAUACAAUGACCUAUGAUUAACAAAAUGAACCCUGAAAAAUAAACGGAACCCUGAAUAAUUAACUGAACCUUGAACCAUAAAAUGAAUCCUAAAUAAUUUUUCGAUUCCUGAAAAAUAAAAUAAACUCUGAAUAAUUUACUGAACCCUGAAAAAUAAACUGAACCCUGAAUAAUUAACCAAACCCUGAAUAACAAAAUGAACCCUGAAUAAUAAAAUAAACUAUGAAUAAUUAACUGCAGCCUGAAUAAUAAAAUGAACAGAUUCUUUACUGAACCUAAAACAAUAAAAUGAACGGUUGUGUGCCACUGCUGAAUAAUGUGCGCCGCUACUGAAAUUUCACAUGAUUGUUGAUAUCAAUGCGCCACUAAUAAUUUUUCCUCCCACUGUGUGAGCACAAAAACACAUGUUAUUUUCAACUUGUUUUGAGUCAUCAAUGAGCGCUUUUAAUCCUGGUGGACCCUCUUCCAUCAAUGUGAAAGGUUACUUUCAAGCUUUUAAGCCAAUUUCUAGGUGAAGACUGACCUGAGGAACAGGCUACAAGAACAGCAUGUCACCAUCUGCAUGCGUGUGAGCAUCAAUGGAGAGCCCUUUUUUCCCCUAGAAAAAAUUCUAGGGAAAACACUGAACAGAACAGUUCAAGUAUAACAUAAUAUAACAGUCCAAAUAUCAAACCAGAACAGUUUAAAUCUUGCAGAACAUAACAGUUUAAAUACAACGGAACAGAACAAUGUAACAGAUCAGAACAUAGAAAUGUAACAGCUAUUAUAUUUUAGAUCAUCAAACUUCAGAGUGUACCUCUCUUUCCUAUUAUCAUAUUAAGUAAAAAUCUUUCUUGAGUUUGACGACACUGAGGUCUGCCUGAGCUCUCACCGGCUCCCUGCUCUCUGUCUCCUCCCCCUCCCGGUCACCUUGGCUGCUUUAUAAUUGCCUUCUAAAAGCAAUCUACCGUCACCCACCCUCACCCGCCUCCACCCGUCUCAGCCAGAGUUAGCACAGACUGCUUACAGGACAAUAAAGGGCCCAUCACUCUGCGAAGGUUGGUGACCCCACCUCCUGUGGACACAUAAGCAAGUGAGGGAGCGAGCAGCUAUUUAAACUGGCAGUAAAACACACAGACACUCUCCAGUGUCAUUGUGGUGAAGGAGACUGGUAAGAGAAAAGUAAGGAUGAGUAAAGCAGCCAAACAAGGACAUGAUUUACUGCAGACACACUCACAUAUGUACAUCCACCUGACCCCCCCUUCCCCGUUUUCUGUCCAUGAAAGCAGUGUCUACACUCAUCCUUCAGUGUCCUCUUUAUGGCCAUCAUAGACCCACUCACUCACUCAUUCACCUUGUUUCCUUAUUUUCUUCCCACAAGGUCCUGAAGACACGAGUGUGAUUGAGGGGAAUGACUGCACAUUUGUCAGUGACUUUAGCAGGAUCCAGCUCCAGGUCAACACAGAGACACUGGGUGAGGUGACGGCAUGGAGUCAGAGCUACCAGAUCUUGCUAAGCUAAGGAGCUAUAAAUUAGUUUGAAAUCGAUGUCUGUGUCAUCAGCUAACUGCCUCUCUAACUUUGUUUCAGAGAAACUGAUAAGUGAGUUCUUUGAGUUCUACGCGUCGUUUGCAUACAGCAGGAUGUCCAUAGAUAUCAGAAAGGUAUGUCUGAUUAUUCCCCCUUACUGAACCAGACAGUUUUUAUUAUUUAUAUAUCUUGUCAUAUUUCAGAAGAUUUGUGGCUUCAUUUUGAACAGUACAUCUUAAGGAUUAUCACAUUGCAUUCAAACUUUGAUAUGAUACUUUGAAACAUGAAUCCGUAUUGAUUCUUGUUUGGGUUCUGCAGGAUGGAAAAAUUAACUCACUCAGCAAACAGUGAUAAAUAAGAAAUUUUAAUUUUUAGUAAGAUAUAGUUUAGUUUUUAGUCAGUUAUUGUGCUUAAAAAAAUCAGUUACUGUACCUCAACUUUGAGCUUAUUUUACAGUUUUACAGCCAUGAGGAUCAUUUCACAUUUAGGUCAGCGAAAGUACAUUUUCUGACAGACAGAUUAUCAUACUAAUAAUACUUCUAAAAGAUAUUUCUGCAUCUCACAGUCUGAAAUAUCAUCUUCAUUUGCAAGGUGAACCAGAAAUCCAGCAGUAGCUCUGUAAAGCUUUAUUAUGUCAGAGAUUCAGUAAACAGGUAAAGGAAUUAUAGGAUAAUUUGAUGUCAAGUUUUAAUAUCCUUGAAAGAGGAUGAAAUAGUUGCAUCACUGAGAAAUUAGAGCAAAAAUUAAAACCUUUUUUUUUUUUAAUUGUUUUUAAGAAGGAAAUCGAGCUCAUUCUUUCCUGAAGUUUCCCUUCUCUGAAGUUUGAAACAGGCAGAGCAUGCGCAAGGACAGUGUCUUCACCGACCACAAUAAUAGCACCAAGUGUGACUAAUGUCACGCAUGAUCAUCACCAUGUAUGACUGAUGUUGGUCUCAUGGUGCCCAGUGCCCUGAGCUAGAUCCCAAUAAUGAGCUCCUUCUGGCUCAGUGUAAAAACAUGUUUGAUCCCUUUACAACCAGUUUCUGCAGUCAGGGUGAAAAAAAAAACACUAUAAAAGAGUGAGGACAUGAAUCUGUGAGUGGGGAUACAAAUAAUCUGUGAACGGGUGAGAAAUAGAUAAAUCUGUGAAAGAAUGAGGACAUAGAUUAAUCUACUCUGUUUUCUUCCCACCCUCUCCUAAUCCCUCCACCUUGCUGACCUCAGACACGUUGGCCUUGUAUUUGUCUGAUAAGGUUUUUUCCAUUAGUAAGCAGUUCUCAGCGCUGACCACUUCUGCUUGCAGCCUCCACCAACUGAUGCCUUACUAUAUCAUGUAAGCAAGCUCGGGUCACUCCGCUGCUUAAGAAAUCCACUCUCAACCAGAGGGGUCAAUCAUUACAGGCCACUUUUACUUCUGCCUUACCUUGCAAAAAUUCUUAAGCCCAAAGUGUUUGAUCAGGUUUGUGAGUUUUUACACAACAACCUGUUUGACCCCUAUCAGUCUGGCUUUAAGCGGGGUCACUCCACUGAAACGGCUCUGUUGUUGGUAGCAGAAUUGCUGUGUUUACCAAAGCUGUUGGUCAGUCCUCAGUUUUACUACUGCUGGAGCCAUCUGCUGUGUCUCACUGAUCGUGGUAUCUCUGGAUCUUCCCUUCAGUGGUCUGUGUUCUACCUCUAAGGGAGACUUUUUACUGUAUCAUGGAAAGGAGAAGUAUCCAGACCGCAUUGCCUGUCAAUGGGGGUUCCUCAAGGGCAAGUGCCUGGGCCCCUGCUUUUCUCAUUGUAUACAGUCUCACACAGUACAAUAAUCCAAACUCAUGGAUUCUCAUGUCUCUGAUAUGCAAAUGAUACCCAGCUCUUCUUGUCAUUUCCUCCAACCUUUCCAAAACUGAGCUUCUUGUCAUUCCAGCCAGUCCCUCUCUACAACCACAGAUCAGGAUCCAGCUUAACUCAAAUGAAAUUGUUUCCACUAAGUCUGCUUGGAAUCUGGGUUUCAUGAUUGUUGACCCACUAACCUUUCGGGUUAAUGUGGUCUUGGUAACUGGAUCCUGCUGAUUCUUCCUCUAGAACUUCAGAAGGAUCAGACCUUACCUGACAGAGCACACAACUCAGCUCCUGGUACAGGCUCUUUUAAUAUCACGCAAUGACUUCUGCAACUCCUUACUGGCAGACCUCCCUGUGUUGAGCAGUCAAACCUCUGCAGAUGAUCCAAAAUGCAGCAGCCAGUCCAGUUUUCUACCAUCCCAACAGCACUUGUAACUUAACUGUUCAGCUCUCUCCACUGGCUUCCAGUACAGCAAGGAUCAAAUAUAAAACCUUACUUUCUGGUACAAACCCUAUUUCUUGUUUACAAUACUACAACCAAAUCUGCUCCUACCUACCUGCAGUCCCUCAUGCUGGUCUUCACUCCUUCUCACCUGUUGUGCUCUGUCAAUGAAAGGUGCCUGGUGCUCAUAACAACAAAGGCCAGUCACUAGACUUUUCUCCUCUGUCGCCCCCUGGUGGUUGAAUGAAUUACGAAACUGUAUCGGAUCCACAGGGAUCCUUUCUACCUUUAAGAUAAAGCCACAGACUCAAAUCUGAGAACCCCUGAGCACUAAGUUCAGCUCUUCUCCUAUGCUGUCUCCAGUGGUAGAAUAACUGAAACAAAUGAUCUAAACAGUCCCCUUGUACUUCUGAGACACUCUGUGAUCCAGCUCUUUGUGAAUGAUGUUGAUGAUGCUGUCAUUGUGACUCUUAUGAUGUUUUUGGGGUGAUGGAAAAAAAAGUGCAUUGGCUCAUUUGCUACAAAAAACUUAACAUUAAAACUUCACGUUAACUUGAUAUUUAAAACUACACAUUAAACUUCACAUUUACUUUGUUAGUAAGUAUUUGUUAGGCCCUGAAAGGUUUUUUUGUAAUGAAUAAAACGGACAAAAAUAAAUCAUGCCUGCUUCAUACUGUCUCUUUAAGGUUAUAUAAGAGGGAUAAAUUAGGAAUCCUCUCUCUCCUCUGUAUGCAAACAGGAGAGUUUAAAACAAGCACUAUUACCUCCUCUUCAUCCACCUGCAGGGAUUUACCUAAUGGGUCAGGUGUUUGUGCUCAGGUUGGACUCUUGGGCGCAUAGAUGAUGAAUGAUUGAAGAGGGACUUGCAGCCUAAAAUAUGAGACUAAUAACAGGUAUGACACAGUGGAGAAAGCUUUCAGGUAGACCACGGCCGUGACCUGGGCCUGCGGCAGCGAUGACUCUGCUUUACUUAGCAUUAACUCUCACUCACUCCUGUGACUGAUGGCUUUAUGCUGCCAUCCUCUGUUGUCCCCCACAGCCCAUCUUUUUAUCACUCUGGUUGGCAGGUGUGCCGAGCAAAGCAUCCUAGUAGGUAGGUUCAUGGAUCCUGGUUCAUAUGGAGGCUAGGCUGGUUGUAUUCCACCUAGAAACAAAAGUACGAGGAAUGAGCAAAACAUAUAGCUUAAAAAGUGGGUGUAGCAUCAAGGCUUUGGGCUGUUAAUUUUUUCCAGCUGGAACUGGACCUGUAACUAAGGUGAAGGGAACUGUGAACAAUUCAAAUAACAGUCAGUGUCAGCACAAAACCUUCAGGCUUCUGCUAGAAAGAUGAAGAUGAAAAAGAACAAAAGAAUGGCUCCACCACAAGAAGAUUAAAGGUUUGGACUGGCCCAGCGUAAGCCCAGACCUGAAUCCUUUUAAAAGUCAGUGGGGGGUGGAGACUUUUUAUAGCCACUGUAGAUGCUCCAAAUACAGUUAAAAUCAUGAACAAGGAGAUAGAUGGACCAUGUCUUGCUGGACAUGCAGGCCUUGUGGCUGAAGCUGCUCAGAAAUGUGUGUUAUUAGCUGAUGUUGUUCCCUGUCCUCCUCUGCAGGGCCAAGAGCAGAACAAGCCACAGGUAACACCGCUGCACAUCCAGAACCCGUUUGAAACCUCCCUGAACAUCAGCAAGAACGUCAAUGCUGCACAGCUUGACCGCUUCGUGGCUUUGUGUCAGGAGAGCACCUGGCUACUCCAGCAGAGUGAAGCCACAACAUCAGGCGGUGAUGCAAGCAGCGACACUGCCACACCGUGGGGACUCGCUACCCUCCUUUUGCCCUCCCAGGUUGCAGGAGUGAAGAGUAACAAGAAGAGGAGACAAAAGCAGACCAGCGAAAGAAUAAAGAGUUUACUGGAAUCUUUGAAGCAAAACAACCAACAGAAGAGCUGAGACUGAGAGGACGAGCUGAGGCAGAGAGGAUAAGCUGAGGCUCAGCUGGAGAGCUGUCCCUCCAACCUGUCUCUUUCUCUGAAUCCCUGAUUUUAAGAUGGACGUUUAUCACAGCCUGAACAUCUGAGUAGUUUAAGGACUGUCCUGUAGAAGGAACUCUACUUCCAUCCUUGGACACUGGAGGGCGCAGCUGAGGCCGGUAUAUGGUUGUGUAUGGGACCUGAUAUUAGGAGUGAUUUCUGUGGUAUAGACUGAUGUGCUUGUGUUUAUUCUAUAGAAACUGUUCAAGUCUUGACAUUCAGAUUUAAGGUUCCUACGAAGUGAAGUGUACUUCAUUAUCAACACGGCUCAGUCUGUUUACACCUCAAUCAAACCACUCUGGGUAUGAUGUUUAUAUAUGUGUUAUAAUAAAGAUGAGUAAUUGUGGCUCUAUUUUAAGUCAGGUGUUGCCACCAGAACAGCAGAAACGACCAGGAGCUUCAAAGACAUCAAUCUUUUAAAUUAAACAGUUAAAGAAGAGGUUAAAAAAUACUUGAAUGUUAUUUCGUUUAUGAAGACGGAGAUUCCUUUAAAGAUCCACUCCGGUGAAAAUGAUGUUUUUCUUGUUAUCCACGUGUUCAUAUGGCAUUUUUCUUACGCUACAGGACACAUCAUGAGAAAAGUAUGAAUUUGCAUCGCUGAGUAUUUCUGCAUUCAAAUCGCUGUGAAUCUCUGGCAGACCCAAAGCAGCAGUGUCUCCACCCACGACUUAGAGGCUAAUUACUAAUGAGCUACUGGUGCUCUGCAGAAGGAAACCCUUUGAAAAUGACACGGGUAACAUGAUUUGGGCUAAAAACUUCAUAAUCAAAACUUAAAGACCACAGAGAACACUUUAAGUAGUAACAAAAACGAUCAGUGAGACUUUAAUUUGUUUGGGCCUUUUCUAUUUACAGAAACUUAAUCCAGGAAAUUCAACGAUAUUUAUGUUAUUGUGUUCUGUUUUGUCAUUCUUUUUAUAUAUAUAUAUAUACCAAUACAUGAAAUCCCACCUGAGAAGAGUGGUGACAAAUGAGAUUACCUGAAAACACAGGUAGACUGUCUUUCAGUAUGCAGCUAACUCUCAUCUUUAUAGAAUAAAUCCAUAGAAACGUUACUGGGUAUCGAAUGAAGUCCUCCACCAUGUAAUGUUUAUCUCUGUUUGAAGCAUUAAAUCUGCAGCAGGGCUGAAACAGAAACAGCCACUCGUAUCAACAACGUCUGAACCUGAUAAAGUCUAAUAUUUAGCUGCAUUGACUCACAGAAAUUAGCUCCUGAUUUUCACAUUAAAGCUUCAAACAAACAGACAAAUGCAAAGAGGAAAUCUUAAAAACUAUAGUGAAAGAGCAGUGUGCAACUCAAAUUUACCAAACUGCAGUUUUUCAACACGGUUUAAAGUGAGAAUUGACUUUGUUUUAAUAAAGAUGCCCACACUCCAACAACCUGUAUGUUUGAUCAUUUUUCGGUCAGUGAAUUUUAUAUAGAAAUAAACUUAAAUGCAGAAACAAUCCUUCCUGUAAAUCCUAAUGAUGUUGAAAUAACAGAAAAAUUAUGUUUGUUUGACAAACCCCACAGCUCAUCACUGAAGACAGAACAUUGAAUAUCCAAUAUUAACAGGUUACACUGAGGUAAAUAGAAUAUGAAUUUGGAUUUAUUCUGAUUUACAAUUAACUCUAAAUUAAACUGGAUGUUAUAUCUAUAACUUUCUAUCUGUGAAGCUGAUACCAAGCUAACAACUUCAGGACAAAAAUCUGUGAAAUUUUACUCAAACUGCUGAAUGUUUCAUCUGGGAAAUAAAUUGACAUCUGUAUAAAUUUAAAA